CUUUAAGUGAAUAUUAAAUAAUGGAUGGCAGAAUAAUACAUGACAAAAUUUACGUGGACCGUUGGGAGAAAUGUCAAGUUUUAGAAUGCUGUUAUUUUAUGAGCAAAUUACCUUGUGAAAUUCCAAAACAACUUAAUGAACAAUGGAUACAUCCAAUUUAUUCAACAAUAGUCAAUAUAACAUUCUUGUCGAAAUUGUCUUCGGUGAAACAUCAUUUAUUAAAGGUUUUAAAAUUUGGCGAACCAAAAAAAAUAUCCAUUGGUGAUUUUGUGUUCACAGUGACUGCGAUAGAUCCUGAUACAUUAACAGGCAAAAUUAUUUACCACUUUUCUUUUGUUGGUACUGACUGCUUGUACAUGGAUAGUGCAUUGAUGUCUCCAAGUGUUUUAACAAAUCCAUAUAUAGUGCAUCUAGGAAAUACCAAAAUCAUCGACACACUUUAUGUUGAUAGUCCUCUUUUAGACCUGCCUGUUGAUAUCAAUAUUGAUCAGGCUGAUGAACAGAUAAUCAAUCUGUUAAGUUCCAGAAAGGCCGUUAUGCCCUUGGAGCUUCUUGGGAUGGAAGAUUUAUUAGUCAGAAUUGCAAGAAAGGGCCAUACUGUACACAUUGGCCGUAAACGAUUGUUACUUUUGAAACUACUAGGCAAUGAUAGAAACUUUACUAAAUCUCUUGAAGUAAAAUUAAGAGUUGUUGAAUCAGAAACUAGUCAAGAUAUCCAAAAGUGUUUCAGACGUUAUAUAAAAAACCAAGUUCACCAUAUUCUGGUAUCACCAUUUUAUUCUUUAUCAGAGGUAUUUGAUCUUCGAAAAUUAGGUAUACAUGUUAUUCCAUACUCAGACAACACUACUUCAAAAGCUUUAAGUAACAUUUUAAAAAUAAUUAAACCCAAAAAUAUUAUGGAUUGCAACGAGUCAAAUCCAAAACCAGAUUUAUUAAUGAACCAUCUGUUGAUAUCUAGGACUAAUUUGAGUUUAGAAUCGUUUUAUCUGAUCAACGCACAAAGAUUAUCUUUAGGUAGUAAUGUAAGUCCUAAUCUAAUCACACUUGUUCCUGAUGUUCCUGAAAAUAUUGCACAUUUGUAUACUGAUACUCAAGAAUCGUUUGUUCCAUUAGCUACAAGCUCACAGGUAGCAUCUAAAGAUGAUGAAAAUGCUAAUUACAUAAAACCAAUAUAA